GCUGCGAGGUGGAGGACGCGGCUCUAGAAGAUGGGGUUGCAGCCGGUGAGACCCUCGCUCCGUAUCCCGUACCAGGGAUCUCCGCCCCUUCUGGUUCCCGGCACUCAGAGCCCAGUCCUGCUGGCCUCCCUGGGGGUGGGGCUGCUGACUCUGCUCGGCCUGGCUCUGGGCUCCUACCUGGUGCGGAGGUCCCGCCGGCCGCGGAUCACGCUCCUGGACCCCAAUGAGAAGUACCUGCUGCGACUGCUAGACAAGACAACCGUGAACCACAAUACCAAGAGGUUCCGCUUUGCCCUGCCCACCGCCCACCACGUUCUGGGGCUGCCUGUGGGCAAACAUGUCUACCUCUCUGCCCGGAUCGAUGGCAGCCUGGUCAUCAGGCCGUACACUCCCGUCACCAGCGAUGAGGACCAAGGCUAUGUGGAUCUUGUCAUCAAGGUCUACCUGAAGGGUGUGCACCCCAAAUUUCCUGAGGGGGGAAAGAUGUCUCAGUACCUGGAUAGCCUGAAGGCUGGGGACGUGGUGGAGUUUCGGGGGCCAAGUGGGUUGCUCACUUACGCUGGGAAAGGGAUGUUUAGCAUUCAGCCCAACAAGAAGUCUCUACCAGAACCGCGAGUGGCCAGGAAACUGGGAAUGAUUGCCGGUGGCACAGGUUCUUGUCCCCUGCUCCCUCCCACCAUUGUGACUGUUGCCGUGGCAGCUUCCAGGUUGCGUUGCUUUUCUCAGUCCUGGGACUUCAGAGUUACUGUGUGGGGAGAGACUGAAAAGGACAUAAUCUUACGGGAGGACUUAGAGGAGCUGCAGGCCCGACACCCCGACCACUUUACGCUCUGGUUCACUCUGGAUCACCCCCCAGAAGAUUGGGCCUACAGCAAGGGCUUUGUGUCUGCCGACAUGAUCCAGGAGCACCUGCCCGCCCCAGGGGAGGAUGUGCUGCUGCUGCUCUGUGGGCCACCCCCGAUGGUGCAGCUGGCCUGCCAUCCCAACUUGGACAAACUGGGCUACUCGCAAAGGAUGCGAUUUACCUACUGAGCAUCCCCUCACUUCCCUGGUCCCGCUAACGGCACUUGCCCCCAGUCAGCCCUCAAAUGCUAUAAGCCCUAGAUGCCCUUCCCGACAGUGUCAGCCUUUUUGUCUUUCUCCGGAGCUGGAAUCUGGAUGGUCCCUGCAGGAACAACAUCCUUAGAGCCGUGGAAGAGGGCCAAAGCCGAGUCAUCCCCUGGAAGGCUCCCCAGUCUCCCUGUGAUGAAACAUCCAGGUCAGGCUCAAGGAGCAGACUCUUCCACGGGUCAGAAAGAAGGGAGCAUGUACAUUUGUUCCAAGACUGGCCAGUUCCUUCGUGGCAUCACACUCUUCUUUGUGUCUGUGGUUAAAGAGCAACCUGUUUAAUGGGUUUGAUUUAACAUUUGGUGCUUAACCCAUAGCAGACUCUGUGUGCGGUGGGGGGGUGCAGACUUAGAAAGCUAAUCUGUUAGAGGCAACAGGAGAGGAGGAGAUGGUCUCUUCAGACCUCAGAGAAAGGGAUCUGAAAGACGUGUUUGUGUGUCUGUCUCCCUCUGCCCCUGCCGAGGCUGGAGGGAAAGGGCUCCCCACGAUCUAAGACUGUUACUGUGGCAGAAACCUCUGGCUUAUGCAAAUAAAUGGGGCUAAGGCCCUUGUGUUCUAC